AACCAGCACAGAUUUGUGCCCAGCAGAAUUCCUAGGACUGGGUAUGGGAGUGUGCCAAGUCCCAAGGAAAAGACCCAGAAAAAAGUCAGAUUCCAAAGACUAAAGAAAUGUAUGUUGGGGGGACAUCUAUGGCUGUUAAUACUGUAAGGGACUAUCAGUUUUGGCUUUACAGGGAAAGUGGUUCAAAAAUAACUAAGAGUUGGAGAGAAGAGGGACAAGGCCCAGAAUUGCUACUGGGUGGUACCUGUGUGCCACCUGCUGGGGAAGCUGAGACAUGCUCGUCUCAAAAGGAUUGGGACGCUGAGUUCCUGGCCAGAGUUUCAGCAUAAUAGGGACUUCCUAUUUUGAGGGAGGAGAGCAUAUGGUGCCAGAGACAGAAAUUAAUUUAUGGACUCUCGAGGGGCGGGAAUAGAUCUUUGGGAAGCACGCUGCAUAAAAGCCCAGGUACUGACUGCCCCUGUCUUGGCCACUGCUCCCACCUUCAGGAACUAGACACUGUGGGUGAGAACACACUGUUCCUCCUGCUAAGUUAAUAACUUCCUUGCCCAGCCCAGAUUCUCCCCCAGACAGGAAUAUAGCUCUCUACUGAUUGCAGACUGUCUGUCAAAACCAGCCUGCAGCUCAGGAUUGAGGAGCAUGGUCAUGGGAAGGAAAGGUUGCCAGGCACCCCUCAGGGACUGUCCCUCUCCCCAGAAUUCCAUAAUGAAGGCUCAUGUGCUUGUAGGUGUGCUGGUCGUGGUGGGCUUCACAGUGGGAAAAGCUCCUGUUCAUGACAUCCGGACCUGCCACCUCUGCCUCUUAGAAGACCCUUCUGUAGGAUGCAUUUCAGGCUCGGAGAAGUGCACUAUCAGUAGCUCAUCCCCAUGCAUGGUGAUCACCAUCUAUUAUGAUCUCAAGAUCCGCUUCUUCAUCCGAGGCUGUGGACAGUACCAUUCUUACCGCUGCCAAGAACAACAUAGUACCUACUUCUCAGAGUACUGGUACCACGCUGAAUGCUGCCAGUACGAUUACUGCAACUCCUGGUCCAGCCCUCAGCUCCAGAGCUCCCAGCCUGAGCCCCCUGACAGGGCCCUGGGCCUGCCCCUGUUCAAGUCCCAGAUCCAGCGGUUCUACCAGGCCCUGAACCUUUCAUUGCCCCUCCCCAGCUCCCAUACUGGGGAGGAGGCUGAAGGCCUGGACCCCCUGGCUGCCCUGCCCUUGAACCUGGGCUUAUCCAUUGCCGACCUGCGCCGCAUAUACUUAUUCCUCAACAAUUCGGGACUUUUGGUUCUUCCCCGGGCUGGGUCCUGACCCCUUACCCUUCUCAGGUUGCAGCCUGUUUCUCCUCAGAAACCCAAUGCACCGAGUGCACUUCUUCCUCCUAGAAAAUAAUCUCAAGUGUACAUCCUGUCCGAACUGACCUGGGAAAGGCAAUGGUUCCCUCAUCCCUUUUCUGACUGAGUGCUCCACCCCCAUCUUCCCGGUCCCCUGUGGUCUGGUCAUCUGCCACCUCUAUUUAGUUCUGGCUGUAUCUCCCAUCCUGUGCCUCCCUAAGCCUCAGGACAGGCUGGAUUUGCAGCAAGGAGGAUGAGGGGUAGACUUCUGUGCAGAUUUCCUCACUUGGCAUCCUGGUGUCCCUGUCUCACUGCCUCCACCCCCACCCCCACUCCUGGCCUGGUCUCCCGCUGCCUUUUCUCAUCUCUUGCUCCAGUCUCAGGCCUCCUAACACCACUCAUGUCACUGGGUCCUGAGGAGAGGGGGUCUGCCCUGCUCUGGGUGCCCAGGAAGGGGAGAGGGUCUGUCCUGCUCUGCUCUAUGUCCCCUGAUUUCCCGCUACAAUAAACGGAUGGGGUUAA